CCCCACUCUCCACACUCUCUAAUCUCUAUAUACUCCCACCACCACCUCUUGAGCUUCUCCAAUCUCACCAUCUCUUCACCAUCUUCUCCAUCAAUGGCUUCUCCACCAGACACAAGCAAAACAACCAAACUAGAACGCUACAACAGCUAUCUCCGCCGCAUCAACACUGCUCGUCUUCUCACUCUCUCCUCCCAACUCCUUUUCCGCACCACUAUCUUAGCUGCUCUUCUUCUCAUCCUCCUCUUCACUCUCCACCACCCUCCUCUCUCCUCCUUCUCCUUCUCCUCUUCUCCUCCUCAUUCUCACCGUUCUCUCCUCUCCUCCUCCUCCUCCUCCUCCACCUCUUCCUCUCUUUCCUCCCAUUCAUUCCAACGCCAAGUCCUCCACUCCGCCACUCCUCGCAACCCCACCGGCCUAUCCGUCCUCGUCACCGGCGCCGCCGGCUUCGUCGGCUCCCACUGUUCCCUCGCCUUAAAAAAACGCGGCGACGGCGUUCUCGGUCUCGACAACUUCAACUCUUACUACGACCCAUCUCUCAAACGCUCCCGCCAAUCUCUCCUCUCCAAACACUCCAUCUUCAUCGUCGACGGCGACAUCAACGACUCCUCUCUCCUCAAAACCCUCUUCGACCUCACUCCAUUCACUCACAUCCUCCAUCUCGCCGCCCAAGCCGGCGUUCGCUACGCCAUGCGCAACCCUCAGUCCUACAUCUCCUCCAACAUCGCCGGCUUCGUUUCUCUUCUCGAAGUCGCCGCUAAGUCCGCUGACCCUCAACCUUCCAUUGUUUGGGCUUCUUCUUCCUCUGUUUACGGUCUCAACGUUGAAAACCCCUUCUCUGAACUCCACCGCACUGAUCGUCCUGCUUCUCUCUACGCCGCCACCAAAAAAGCCGGCGAGGAAAUUGCCCACACUUACAACCAUAUCUACGGUCUCUCCAUCACCGGCCUUCGUUUCUUCACCGUUUAUGGUCCUUGGGGUCGUCCUGACAUGGCUUACUUCUUCUUCACUAAAUCCAUCCUCUCCGGUAAACCCAUCACCGUUUUCAAAACACAGGACGGCGCCGGCGAGGUUGCUCGUGAUUUCACCUACAUCGAUGACGUCGUAAAAGGAUGUCUUGGCGCGCUUGACACGGCGGAGAAGAGCACUGGGAGUGGUGGAAAGAAGAAAGGACAAGCUCAACUGAGGAUCUACAACCUCGGAAACACCUCGCCGGUGCCGGUGGGGAAGUUGGUCGGAAUACUUGAAGGGUUACUGGGAGUGAAAGCGAAAAAGAAUGUGGUGAAGAUGCCGAGCAAUGGUGAUGUUCCAUAUACCCAUGCGAAUGUGAGCUUGGCCGAGCAUGACUUUGGUUACCGGCCGACCACCGACCUCGCCGCCGGCCUGAGAAAGUUCGUCAAGUGGUACGUCCAGUAUUAUGGGAUCAAGAACAAGGUUCAUGGUGGUGUCGGUGGUGGUAUAGAUGUUAGUGAGGUUGCAUCGGUUUAGAUGCAAUGGGCUUAGAUGCCUUCCACGUGUCUCUUUCUCUCUCAAGUUGUGUAUUAUUAUUAUUACUACUUUAAAUUGUAAGAAAAAAAUUAAUAUAUAUAUAGGGAAUAAAAAUGGGAUAAGAUGGUAGGAUGAGAAUAAGAAAAGGGGAAUAGGUUUUGGGGAGGGGGGGAAUACCAAGAUUGAAUCAAAAUGAUGUCUUGGUUCUUGUUUUUUUUGUUUUUUUUGUUUUUUUUAAAUGUAUUUUUUUUUUAAUUAUUUUUUUGUUGUGGUGUUGUAUGUUGAGUAGUUGGGUGUGGAGGGACAAUGUGUAUGUAGAGAUCUUUAAUUUCUUGAUGCCUUGUGGAAUUGUUAAUAGAGAAAGUAUUUUUAUC